AUGAGUCAGACGGUUGAUGUACGAGGCGCGGAGUGGCUCCAGGGCUUCCAGACGGCGUCAGCCAGCAGCCAGCGGCCAGCAGCACAGCCGAAAGGAUUGGAGAUCGAGUUUGUGGUCCGGGUGAACCCCAAGAAGACGGUCAAGUACCGCGUGACGUCGCCGACCCUCAAAAAGGCGACCCCCUGGACGUGCAACCCCGCAUACCUGUGCAAGGCUGUGCUACCCGUCACCAUCAAGACGUACACCGGCAGCCCCACCAGCGCCAGCGUGCCGGACGGGCUCGCCGCCGUCACCUUGAAGGCGUCCACCUCGAUAAAUGAUGGCAAGGCAAACCGUGGAUUCGAGGCGCGGGUCACCACGGCGUUUGUGGUCAACAACCUCAAGUCCGAGAUGCCCCUCACAAACGUCCCCCAGGUCUGGAAGUUCAACAUCUCCAAUUUUGUGGCGGGCGGUGCCACCAAGACGUCCAACGUCACUCGGGUGUUUGUUUCCAUCGACCCAGCGUUCCACACCACCAACGUCAAGGACUUCACAGGCAAAAUCAUCCUCAUUGACACCGCCGUGGAGAACGCCCGCAAGAACUGCCCCAUCAGCAAGGGCAUGACCCCCACCUGCAAGUUUGAUGACGUCACCCUGGACACCUCUCCUCUCCAAAAGGGCCUCCACAAGCUGUUCAUCCGGACCGACAGCUUUGUGGACCCGAGCAGCAGUCUGUUUGCAAAUUCGAAGCUCAAUGGGGGAACGUUUUCGUCGGUGACGCUGGUUGUGUUCUCGGUCUGCAAUGAAGGCCCUGACGUCUGCGCCCAGCCGGACCUUCCGCCCCCGGACGAGCACCCGCCCGGCAACCCCCUGCCGCCCAUCGACCCGCCGGCCGGCGCGACACUGUACAAGCUCACCGACCCCCUGCCCGACCAGAACGCUGUGCUGAAGGCGCCUUACGACUGCUCCAUCUGGCGCGGCGGCCGCACAUACCUGGAGGCCCAAAACUGGUUCACGCGGCCGGGGCUGGACGCAAACUCGGGCGCAAGCCAGCUGCAGGUCGGCGCGUGCCUGCCGCACAAGCAGAUGGUGGCGGGCGUGAUCCCGGUCGACGUGAUGCUUGGAAAGUAUUACUUCCCCAGUGCUGCAAACGUGGCCGUGACUGUCAGGGUGUCGUUUAUCUGGCAGGGAGGAAACGUAACUCUGGAGCUCAAGCAGGAUGACACUGUUAAGAGCGGCAACUGGAGCAGCUGCCAGAGCUUCGCACCUGUGUGCAAGGUGGUUUACCGGGCCCUGAUCGACACACGACCCGCCGACCAGUCCUACUACUUGCCUGAUGGGCUCACACGCGUCGAGCUCUGGGCGUCCACUAAGAUCGACGACGGCGUCACCACCCGCAGCAUCACCGCCCGCAUGGAGUCGUGGCUGGUCGUCGCGAACAACGCGGCCACCGACAUAUCCACCAAGGCGCUGCCGCCCUCCGCCACCGGGAAGACCUUCUUUCCCUGGAAAGACGAGUCGGCGGCGCUGACGUCAGCGCUCCCGCUGACCCCCGUCACCGGGUCGACCAACUUCACCAUGAGGUUCGCCGUGAGCAGCGGCAUCGGCUCCAACGUCACCGGCGUCCUGGUGUCGAUUGACCCGUCGCUCAUGCUGAACCCGGGGGCAGACCUGGGGUACCCCCUGCUGAGUGUCUCGUCAAACGCCACUGGCGCGCGGCUCUUGCCGGUGCCGGCUGGCUGCAAGGCGAACGAGAAGGGCGACGGGUUCCCGAUCACAUGCAACCUCGCCUUCAAUGCGAGCGCCGUGCCUAAGAGGUGCCCGUUCAACCCCUGCGACGGCCUGUGCGACGGCGUGCACCGGCUCGUCAUCCGGACAGACUCCCUCACGGACCCAGCGAACCCAAUGUUUGACGGCCUGCCCGCGGCUGGGAAGGUCAACGGAGGGACGUUUUCGACGGUCGUCAUCGUGCCUGUGACGUUCUCUAACGGCAUCACCGCCGCGCCCGGCGCCUGCGCGGGCGCCGCCGCGCUGUCCGACGCCGAGCUAGCGCCCGGCGCGUCGGGCGCGCCGCUGCGCGCGUUCGGCCUGUCUGCGAUGGCUGCGGCGCCCGCGAGACCUGGCGUGCUGAACAUCGCCAAUGCCAUGAGCACGGCGGAGACGCUUCAGGCGGAGGCGCAAGGCAUCCAAUACGAGCUGCUGGCAUCAAAGGCGCUCCUGGUCCCACCGCCACAGGCCUUUGACGCUUUCCAGGAGGAGUCCCUCCAGGCGUUCGCAGUCUGA